GCUGCAGUUUCCCGACCGGAAGUCAGUUCCACGUGCGCAUCCAUCCGGCGAACAACCGAAUCCAGUGGCAAGCAAGGAUAUCUCCCCGUUAACUCAAGGACUUAGGAUUACUCUGCACCUGUGACUGCUCAUUCAGCAGCAGGCUGGGCAGCGCGAGAAAGUCCAGAGUCGAGCCCCAAAAAUCAGUGGUGCUAGUAGCCAGAGGAUGGUCUACGAUAUGAGCCAUAUGGCGGCGGGUCCGCCGCAAAGCAUUUCGCUGAGUCGCUACUACCUGGUCGACGAGGAUGAGAUGGUGGGGCCGAAUAAUCCGCAUCUGGUCAACGAGGACUAUGCGGCUAGUACUACGCUGGACAUCGAUAAGCGUUUCCAGGCGCGAAUGGCGUGCGAAACGGCCGCACAACCGGCACCGCCACCGCCGCCCACGCCGGCGCCACGUCGCCGGACCACGCCCAUUGCCCAUCUGGAUCCCUCGGAAUUGGUGGGUCUAUCGCGGGAGGAGCGGCGUCGUCGCAGGCGGGCGACACUCAAGUACCGGACGGCACAUGCGACGCGGGAGCGCAUCCGGGUGGAGGCCUUCAAUGUGUCCUUUGCCGAGCUGCGCAAGCUGUUGCCCACAUUGCCGCCGGACAAGAAGCUAUCCAAGAUCGAGAUCCUCAAGCUGGCCAUCUGCUACAUUGCCUAUCUAAAUCAUGUGCUGGAGACGCCCUGAGACAGCGCCGGCGCCUCCAGCUUCGCCACCAGCUGCCUCUUCAACGAGGCCAAUUUCUUCGCCCCCCCGUAGGAGGUGGGGGGGCGUGGCGGGCGGAUUCAGGCGGAAAACUCUGCGAAUAUCCCACAGCAGAUGAACGCAUUUCCCCAAGCUCUGUAAUCCGCACGUCGCUCCAUUGGAUACUUGGCAAGGCGAAUCGAAUUAACCAUCACUAACUAAGCGAAGUGUUCGAUGGACUUGCCUUUGUCUAUGGUUAAAUGAUAUAUAUAUAUAUUCAUAUAUAUAUUCAUAUAUAUAUAUAUAUAUUUUUUUUUUUGUCACUGGUGAUUUUCGUUUCGAUUUGUUUUAGACUUAGGUUUGUUUUCGUAGAAACAAUUGUAAAGCCACGAUUUAACCUAAGGUUAAAAUACUUAAGUCCGUACUAAAUGUUUAAGAUGUAAGGCCUCCUAUAAGCUAUUAGUUUGUGUAAUUGAAUUGAAGUAGAAAUAUCGGUGGGUAUAACAAAACUAAAAAUGCCAGUAGUGCAUACAAUUAGAUUUAUGGGAAAGCAGUGCUUACUCCUCACAGAAAACCUUGACCAUGGGUUAUAUAAUAUAAAAAAACCAUGAAAAAAAAAAAAGGAAAAACCUUAAACUAAGAUCCAUUUUUUGUCUAGCCCUUAGGUCGUGAUAUUUGUUUAUACUCAAACGAUAGAUAUACAUAGUAAUCGCAAUAAAAAAUGCUUCUUCAUCGGCUACUUUAUGUAUUUUGGCGCCUUUCCACGAAACUCCCCUCGACUUUUGGACCCCAGCUGCUGCGACUGAGUUUUCCAUUUGU